CCACAGUACAUGGUUCCAUAAUGAAAAAAGCAAAUCCCUAUAUAUAUAAACACCUCUUCACUCCCCUCUCUUCAUGUCUCAUUCUCAUCCAUCAAAACCACAAAACACACAACAAUCUUCUCUAAACAACACAACACAACACACUUCGAAUUUUUCACCCUCACCGUCAAUUCUCUCAAAUCUACUCCAGGAAAGCGAGGGAAUAGUGUUGUUGAGAGGUUUGUGAUUUCCUUUUGAAAAAUGAUGGCUUGUGGCUUAAGCAAGAGCCUUGGCUUGUCUUCCUCCUUGAAGAAGCAACAAGGCAUAGUGACAAUCCUUGGUGGCAUUUCGUCGAACACUUCAUCUGCACCUUCACUGAGGCGUACCUUCUCCGCCGAUUUGUCCUCCAAGACUUGGGUUUCGCAAAAUGGGUUUCCUCCUAUGAAAAGGAUCUCUUCCUCUGAGAAGCUUCGUGCUGACGAAGCAGAGGAAGAAACAAGAUCCGGUGUCGAUAUUUGGGCACAGAUUCAACAAGACAAGAACGACAAGAAGAAAGAGGAAGAGAUCGAGCCGGGUCAAUCCGAUGUAUGGAGUUCGAUUUUGUCGGAGAAGAAGAAGACUGAAUCGAGCAACGACGCGGUUCCUCCACCGUAUGUUCAUCCUCUGAUGAAACGUGCGAGUUCUUUGAGCGAGAAAAGCCUCGAGAUUUGUACGGAGAGUCUCGGAUCCGAGACUGGUUGCGAUGGUUACUCUUCGCAUGCAUCGUCGGAGACUGGAGAUGUUGAGAUCGAGAUUCAUGAGGAGACCAAUCUCGUUAUUAACGUGACGGAGACGAAGGUAGAAGAAAUAACAGAGACUGAGGUUGAGAUUGAGCAAGAAUCAAUCACGGUUCCGAAUCACAUAAUCGAGCUGCCUCGAGGAUCGUUUCCUCCUCCGAUUCGUUCUCUCUCGAGCCAAUCUGGUUCGUCUCUGCACAUGAAAACUCGCCGUGACAAUGGCCGAUUGGUUCUCGAGGCGGUCUCUAUGCCGUCGCACAACAACUUCUCCGCUAAGCGCCAAGACGGACGCCUCCUUCUCACUUUUGCUGAAAUCAGCGACGAACCCAUUAACGAAAUCGACAAAGAAGACGAGAUUGAUUCGGAGCUCCAAUGUUUCGACGAGGAGGAAGAAGAAGAAGAAGACGACGAAGAAGAAGAAGAGGCACCAGACGAGUUUGCCUACAAGCCCAAUGGGCUUCUGUAUAAAUUGGCACAAAAGCCCAUUCCUAUAACCGUUCAUAGGUUGGCCUAUAAACCCAUUGGUGUACCUAAGAGAAACUCUAGAUGGCCCGUGACUGAUGAAUUCGACACCAAAUCCGAUCUGUCAACUCCGGUAGUCCACUCUCUACCGCCGAGGCCAAGGGUGGCUCAGCUUGCUCGAUCAACAAAACCGCCAUCCACAGUGGACGACACCGUAGGAGCUGCUUGCUUCAACACAUGUGACUACUCUUGGAAGUCCACUAACACUGAAUCUUUUGGCCCAAUUUCAAGCCCAAAAACCCAAUUUCAAGCCCAAAACUUUGUCAACAAAUCAAUGGGUGACGGUUGGAUAAAUGGUUGCAAGGACCGAAGGAGGUCUCUCUUGUCCAUUGAGCCUUUCUGCAUUGCCACUUAAUCCCUUAAGGCGAAAAAGGGGUAAUUUACAAAGAAGCAUAAUGAUAUUAUCUAUAUAUGUGUAUAUAUAGUCGAGUAUGUGUUUUACUCGAAUAUAUGUGCAUAUUAACCCAAUAAUUGUUGUUGAAUCAUGGUUUUUUCUACCUUAUUUUUUCCUCUAUAUGUUUUGCCAUUUACCUUUUUGGUUUGUGGGUAAACAGAAAAAUUAUAAAAAGGAAAAUAAAGGAUCAAGAAUAGGAGAAGAGUGAAAAUUAGAAGUAUAAUUUAUUGUUUUUAAUGAGGUUUUUGACCUCGUUGGAGUAAGAAAUAUUUAAUGAUGAGUGUUGUGUUUUGUACAACUUAUUUUGUU